AUGAUUCGGGCACAGAGCCUGCCCUGGAGGGAAGCUCUCCGUCAGGCUUCGCGGGCACUCCCGUGUAGAUACUCAGCUUCGUCUUUCAGAUUUAACGCAAUCUCGAGCCUAGAGGCGAGGACUUUGCAUCAUUCCCCCUUCGCUUCGGCAUCCCGAACUUUCUCAUCCAGUCAUGCACAACGAAAAGAAAAGCCGCAACCACCUGCGCCGAAAGAUGAAAAGGAGGAGGGAACGGAGGUAGAAAAGGAUCAGGAGCAAAAGCCAAGACCUGGGAAACCCACUGAAGGGAAAGAUAAGUCUUCAGAUACGCCGUCGCCAAUACCCGUUUCUGCUUCGCCGGCAGACCCAAAACCUAGCAGCGCAAGCGCUUCCGGAGGCGCUGCCUCUGGGAGCGGCGAUGGCGGGAAAAGGGGCCGGAAAACCUCUGCGGAAAAGGCCCUGCAGAAAGCUACGAUUCCAGAUAUCUAUCCACAGGUCAUGGCUAUUCCAAUUGCACGCAGGCCAUUGUUCCCCGGAUAUUACAAGGCGGUUACUGUCCGGGAUCCCAAUGUUAUAGCAGCCAUACAGGAAAUGAUGAAGCGGGGACAACCAUAUGUUGGCGCAUUUUUGCUUAAGGAUGAAGCGGCGGAUAGAGAUGUGAUAGAGGAUAUAGAUGAGGUGCAUGAUGUUGGUGUAUUUGCGCAGAUCACAAGUGUCUUCCCCGUACCCGGAGCCGAGAGCGGUUUGACCGCAGUCCUGUAUCCUCACAGGAGAAUCAAGAUUUCGUCACUGACACCAUCCAGGGAUGCAUCGCAGAAUGCUGAGGGUGACCAGCAGGCUACGAAGGAAGCAACUGCUGAAAAGCAGGGUGACGUUGUCGCCAGCUUUGAAGAGGCCACGCUAGACCAGCCACCGAAGGAGCCUCCAUACGAACCUACCUCGUUCUUACACAAAUAUCCUGUCAGUAUAGUCGAUGUGGAGAAUCUUACAGAGGAGCCUUAUGACAAGAAGAAUACCAUGAUUCGCGCUGUUACGAACGAGAUCGUGAAUGUCUUCAAGGAUAUUGCAAAUCUGAAUCCUCUUUUCCGUGAUCAGAUCUCGACCUUUUCCAUGAGUCACUCCGGCAAUAUUAUGGAUGAACCGGCAAACCUAGCUGAUUUCGCUGCUGCUGUGUCUGCUGGCGAAGUCAAUGAGUUACAAGAUGUCUUGGACACGAUGAACAUCCAGGAACGCCUGUCUAAGGCACUCGUGGUUUUAAAAAAAGAACUCAUGAAUGCGCAACUGCAAUCGAAGAUAUCAAAGGAUGUCGAAGCGAAAAUACAAAAGCGGCAGCGAGAAUAUUGGCUGAUGGAACAGAUGAAGGGUAUUCGUCGUGAACUGGGAAUCGAAUCCGACGGGAAAGAAAAGCUUGUGGAGAAGUUUAAGGAGAAGACGGAGAAACUUGCUAUGCCUGACGGUGUGAAGAAAGUGUUUGAUGAAGAGCUGAACAAACUGUCACACCUUGAACCUGCAGCUUCAGAGUUCAACGUCACGAGGAACUACCUUGACUGGAUAACACAGGUUCCAUGGGGUAAGAGGAGUGCUGAGACUUUUGGCAUUAAGAACGCAAUGGCCGUGUUGGAUGAAGACCACUAUGGUUUGAAGGACGUCAAGGAUCGUAUCUUGGAAUUUAUUGCUGUUGGGAAACUUCGGGGGACCGUCGAGGGAAAGAUUCUCUGUUUUGUGGGGCCUCCUGGCGUUGGUAAAACUAGCAUUGGAAAAUCGAUUGCGCGAGCACUUAAUCGGGAGUACUAUCGAUUCAGCGUCGGUGGACUUACAGACGUGGCGGAGAUUAAGGGUCAUCGACGAACCUACAUUGGUGCUUUACCAGGUCGCGUCAUCCAAGCCCUGAAAAAGUGUCAGACCGAGAACCCCUUGAUACUUAUCGAUGAAGUUGAUAAAAUCGGUCGAGGGCAUCAGGGCGAUCCCUCGUCGGCUCUUCUGGAACUUUUGGACCCAGAGCAAAACUCCUCUUUCUUGGAUCACUACAUGGACAUCUCCGUUGAUCUUUCAAAGGUUUUAUUUGUCUGCACUGCUAAUAUGACAGAUACAAUUCCCCGUCCCUUGCUGGAUAGAAUGGAAAUAAUCGAGUUGUCUGGGUACGUUGCAGACGAGAAGAUGGCUAUCGCGGAACGAUAUUUGGCACCCACAGCGAAGGAGAUGAGUGGUCUGAAAGACGUUGAUGUGAAGCUGGAGAAGGGCGCUAUUGAGGAAUUAAUCAAGUCGUACUGUCGUGAAAGUGGUGUGCGAAAUCUCAAGAAGCAGAUAGAAAAGGUUUACAGAAAAGCUGCGUUGAAUAUUAUACAGUCUUUACCGGAGCAGGAGAUGGAAGCUGAAGAAACAGCUGUCCGAGAGGAGGUGAAAACUGACCCUGAACAGGAGAAGAAAACCGAAGAAAGUGAAGAGGGAGGCGAGGUAUCACCUCAAGUUCAACCACCGAUAGUCGCGGUCCAUGUCCCAAAAGAUGUACACGUUUCAAUUGAUAGAGAGGAUCUCAAAGAUUAUGUUGGUCCUCCCAUUUUCACCUCUGACAGGCUCUAUGAUGUUACCCCUCCAGGUGUAGCCAUGGGUCUGGCGUGGACCAGCAUGGGAGGCGCUGCUUUAUAUGUCGAGUCGAUUCUGGAAGCUACCCUAUCACCUACAUCCACUCCAAGUAUCGAGCAGACCGGAAACCUUAUGACGGUUAUGAAGGAGUCGACUGUGAUAGCGUAUUCGUUUUCGAAAUCGUUGAUGGCCAAGGAGUUUCCGGAGAAUAGAUUCUUCGAGCGGGCGAAGGUCCACUUGCAUUGUCCAGAAGGCGCUGUUCAGAAAGACGGACCCUCUGCUGGCAUCACGAUGGCAGCCUCCCUACUCUCACUUGCCCUCAACCAUCCCAUCGACCCUACAAUUGCCAUGACUGGCGAACUUACUGUGACGGGCAAAGUUCUCCGUAUCGGUGGCCUGCGCGAGAAAACCGUCGCAGCUCGACGAGCGGGUGCCAAGUCAAUAAUCUUCCCAGCCGAUAACAUGUCCGAUUGGCUGGAACUACCUGAGAACAUCAAAAAGGGCAUCGAAGGCCAUGCUGUAAACUGGUAUUCGGAAGUUUACGACAUCAUCUUCCGCGACCUUGACAAGAUCCAAGCUCAAAAUAUGUGGAAGACCCAACUUGAACAGGUUCCCAACGUCAUAAAAUCUGACAAUCCCAAGGAGGGUUCAACGAACUGA